UUAUGUUUGGCGAUGUUUGGCUGAUUUAUUGAUAUCGUUUUGCAGAAUUCUGCUCUUUUGAUUUAAAAAUGAAUGAAGAAGGAAGCAAUUCCGAGGUAUUUUUUAACAGAGAAGAUAGAUUCACCAGUUCUAAUGUUGGUCAAGUUGCAAAAUCAGGGGAUAGCGAGUUGCUAAAGGAGUUGCUCGAAAAAGGAUAUCCUUCAGAUGUUUGUGACAACAGAGGCUGGUUUCCUAUACACGAGGCUGCAAAUUCUGGUCACACUUCUUGCGUAGAAAUACUCCUUCGACUAUGUAAGAGGGAUUUUAAGGACACCAAAGCGUACAAUGGAGAAACUCCUCUAUUUCUUGCGGCUUUGCAUGGCCAUGAUCAGGUCAUGAGGAUACUACUGCAUCAUGGAGCUGAUGCUAGUAUUACUAAUGAUGAGUUGGUAUCAGUACUAGUGGCAGCUGUAAAAGGAAGAAAUCAAGAAUGUGUUCGGAUUUGUAUUGACCACAAUGUAGACCUGGAUAGCCAAGAUGCUGGUGGCUGGUCAGCUUUACACGAAGCUGCAUUUCUUGGAGAAGAGGACUGCUUGAAACUUCUAAUCUCAGCAGGUGCGAAUGUUGCAAUAAAAAACAGUGAUGGAGCAACACCUUUGUUUGUUGCAGCACAAUAUGGACACAAGGAUUGCUUGAACAUUUUGAUUAAAAAUGAGGGGAAAGUCAAUUUAGGGACCAAUGAUAAUGCAACUGCAGCGUUUAUUGCUUCCCAAGAAGGGCAUGUUGACUGUGUUAAGGCACUCAUUGAUGCAGGUGCUGAUGUAAGACAGAGUACAACUGACUUUGCUACUCCACUGCAUGCUGCAGCAGAAAGAGGUCACCUUGAAUGCAUAAGACUUCUCAUCAAAGCAGGAGCAGAUGUCAAUGCUAAAUGCAUAGAGGGACGAAAUUUGACUCCAUUGCAUAUGGCUGCAACUGAAGACAAUGUUGAAUGUGUGGUUGAACUCAUUGAAUGUGGUGCUUGUAUGACUGCAGAGCUGCAAGAGGGUAAUGAAACACCUCUUGAAGUGGCAGCUUCAUUUGGUUCUGUAAAGUGCUGUGAGGAACUAAUUAAACGUGGGUGCGACCCAAACCGUUCAUUCAGGAUUGACUCAUUAGAGGAAACCACAUUGUCCUGUGCAAUAGAUGCAGAGGAAUCUGGAUGUCUUGAAGUUCUUCUAAAACAUGGUGCUGACCCAAAUAAAGAAUACUACUCUUACCCAAUCAUUGCUGCUGCAAAAAACUUUAAUCCAGAGUGCUUGAGCAUUCUUCUGAAAUAUGGAGCUGAUGUAAACUUACAGGACAAGGCAAAAAACACUGCCUUAAAUCUUACAGUUACGAGACUUAAUCAUCAUUUAGCUUCACACAAGAGUGAAGAGACUAAGCUGGAGUGUAUUAAGAUACUUUUAAAGGCUGGUGCAGAUUUAGAAGUGCUGUUUAAAGAGCCACAUGGUGUCUUUCAUGUUUCAGUUACUCCUUUGAACCCAAAAUUUUUUUCACGAGAUUUGAUAAAAUUGUUGCUUCUUUUUGGAGCAGAUGGACUAAAGCUGAAGAAGUUGAUGACGUGUCAUCAUUAUCAUAGGGAUUUCAACUGGAAUGAUUUGAUAGUUCAGUGUGAAGUGCCCAGAAAGUUGGUCAAUUUAUGUCGACUAGUCAUUAGAAAAAGUUUGGGUAGCAAAAGAAUAAUCCACAUUUCAGAUUUACCUAUUCCAGUUAUCCUUCAACAGUUUCUUGCUUUUCAUGAUUUGUAAGAUUUUACUCUCACUUACAUGUAAUUUUGAAAAAUAAAGAGCAAUGCGCAAAAAUAUGACCACAUUUAAUGCAUGGUAGCAUACUUCAUGCAAGGGCUUUGUGAUGCCAAACCAGCCAGCUUGGCAUUGAAAUGUGUUGGUUUAACGUACAAAAGCCUGUGCAUAGAAGUAUGCAAAUGCGUUAAACGUGAUAUACUUCUGUGCGUUGCACUGUAAUAGAC